AUAUAGUGAUAGAGUAGAGGGAGAUUGAGAGGAGUGGAGAGAGAUCAAUCCUCAGUUGGAGACACACAGCGCUCUACAAGUGGUCUCAACAGCACCAGUCAGCUCACAUUAGCUUGCACAGAUAUCACGACAGCAUGGAUGCUCUCUCCUCUCUAGAGUCCCCCUCUCUGUCCCACCUGACUGUCCCUCAGCCGCGUUUGCGCCGCUACUCUGACGUCAUGGCACUCCCCGACGCCUUCGUACAGAAGCUGCAGCUGGAUGCCUCCAUGGCCGACACCUUCCUGGAGCAUCUCUGUCUGCUUGACAUCGACCAGGAGCCAAUCGUGGCCCGCAAUACUAGCAUCAUCUGCACCAUCGGCCCUGCGUCUCGGCCGGUGCCUAAGCUGAAAGAGAUGUUGAGGGCAGGCAUGAAUAUCGCUCGACUAAACUUCUCACACGGCUCCCAUGAGUACCACGGCGAGACGAUUAAGAAUAUCCGUGAGGCAGUGGAGACUCUGAGCUCUGACCCGCUGUGUUACCGGCCCGUACCCAUAGCCCUGGACACCAAGGGCCCCGAGAUACGCACAGGACUGGUCAAAGGGAAAGCAGAGGAGGAGGUGGAGCUGAAGCGAGGGGCAUCAGUGCGUGUGGUAACCACCGAGGCGGAUCGCGAGCGUACGGAUGGGAGCCUGAUCUGGGUGGACUAUCCCAGCCUGCCCAAGGUGCUGUCUAGAGGACGACGCAUCUUCAUCGAUGACGGACUUCUGGCCCUUAAAGUACUAGAGAUAGGUGACGACUGGGUGGAGACGGUGGUGGAGAAUGGCGGCAUCCUGGGCAGCAGGAAGGGCGUGAACCUGCCGGGCGCCGACCUCAUCAACCUGCCGGCGGUGAGCGAUCGCGACCGGGCCGACCUGCAGUUCGGCGUGGAGCAGGGCGUGGACAUGGUCUUCGCCUCCUUCAUCCGCUCCGCCAAGGACGUGAAAGCCGUGCGCGACGCCCUCGGACCCAAGGGCAAGGACAUCAAGAUCAUCAGCAAGGUGGAGAGCCGGCAGGGGGUACGCAAUUUCGAGGAGAUCUUGAAGGAGACUGAUGGCGUGAUGGUUGCCCGUGGCGACCUGGGUAUUGAGAUUCCGGCAGAGAAAGUCUUCAUUGCUCAGAAGAUGAUGAUUGGGCGAUGCAACGCUGCCGGAAAACCUGUCAUCUGCGCUACACAGAUGCUGGAGAGUAUGGUGCACCAUGCCAGGCCUACGCGUGCGGAGAGUAGUGACGUGGCCAAUGCCGUGCUGGACGGGGCCGACUGUGUCAUGCUGUCUGGAGAGACGGCCAAAGGCCACUUCCCUGUGGAGGCCGUGGCCAUGAUGCACUCGAUCUGUCGUGAGGCGGAGGCGGCCAUCUACCACCAGCAGCUGUUUGAGGAGCUGCGCAGGCUGACUCCGCUCUCCAACGACCCCACAGAGGUCACCGCCAUCGGGGCCGUGGAGUCCUCCUUCAAGUGCUGCGCUGGAGCCAUCGUGGUCCUCACCACCACCGGCAGGUCGGCUCACAUAUUGUCGCGGUAUCGUCCUCGGUGUCCGAUCAUUGCAGUGACGCGUAACGGCGGAGUGGCUCGUCAGAUGCAGCUGUUCAGAGGGGUGUUUCCCGCUCUCUUUCACCCCGAACAAGGCCCCGUAUGGGCUGACGACGUAGAUAACAGAGUCAACUUCGGCAUGGAGAUAGGUAAGGCACGUGGUUUCUUCAAGCUUGGUGACAUGGUCAUUGUGGUGACCGGCUGGAGUGCCGGAUCAGGACACACCAACAUCAUGAGGGCUGUUACCGUCCAAUGAGAUCACUGUGACAUCCUCGACCCACUCUCUGACAUCACAAUGACCUCACGCUGACCUCAUCAACCUGACCUGUGACAUCACCAACCUGACUGUGACAUCGGCCUUACUAUGACGUGAAAAAAAUGUUUCACCUCACUAACCCAUCUGUGACAUUAUAAUAAUACAAAUAAUGUGUGACAUCUCUAGACAUUAUGAUGUCACAAGACUGACUGUGACCUCACUAGACUACUAUGUAUGCCAUGACCAAUUAAUACUGCUGACACAAUUCUGUCUUUGACCAAACUAACCCAGCUGUGACAUCACUUAAUUGUCUGACUGUGACAUUUCUAACUUGAUUGUGACAGUCUGACUGUGACCUCACUAACUUGUCUGUGACAUCACUAGCCUGGCUGUGACCUCACUAACUUGUCUGUGACAUCACUAGCCAGACGGCGACAUCAUUAGCCUGAAUGUAACCUCAUUAGACUACGACAUUACCUAAAGGAGUGUGACCUCACAAUUCUGCCUCUGACAUUGCCAACCCCCAAAACACUCUCUAGUCUGACUGUGAUGCCACCAAACUGGCUAUGACAUCACCAAUUAGACUGUGACAUAGCCUUCUUUAAAAUUACUGGCUGGCUGAGAGCAAUUUAUUCUGGAUGGGAAAUAGUUCUCUAAAUAACUAUACUAGGUUACAUGUAUGCAUGGCUCUGACUUGACACCUUUCAUCAAAGAGAGUAGAUUGGAGAAAGGGGAUUCAAACUCCUCCUACCCAAUGCAAAGGCGUCUGCUCAAGUUUGGUUUCCUUCUUCUUUUUUUGUGAUGUUUGAUGAUGGUGGCUUGCACGAGAUGUGCGCGACUGCCAUCUACAGCACAAAGGGGACAUUUAUUCUCAACCGUAAUAAAUCCAUCAAUCACACUGAUUGAUACCCACUGCUCAUUGACUGAGACGAAGGAGGGAACUAACUCUUUCUGGCAAAUCAGAAGACACCAGUUGCUGUCUUACUGAUACAUUGACUUAACUGCCUUACUCACAGUACUAUCUGCCUGUUCGCCUGUUGUUUACUGUCUUGUUCAACUCAUUUCUUAAAAAAUAAAUAUACUUUUCCAAAUAAA